GUAAAGGCUUAGGUGCCCCAUUUUUUACCCUAUCUGGCAUUUUUUCCCAUAUCAGCCUGUUUCACCUUUAAUGCCGACACGAAAAAAAUCACAGCCUGGAUGUAAGGAUGUUUAAUCGCAAACAUCGUUACCUUCAUCUGCUCGCUAUUAGGGUUCCUGCGAUUUUGAGUAGGGCUUAAAGACAUCCAUGGAUUUCGACAGAAUCAAAGGGAUUUCACAGGAAUAUCGUCGCCUCAAUCAUUGAAGUAAUGUAGAUGUACUCAGACUGCGUUCAAGUAAGUAAAAUUGAUCGAAUAUUGUAUUGGAUUGUUGUUAUGAACUCAAAGUUUACGAAGUUUUUUGGGGUGUUCUUUUCAUGGCUGCUAUGCUGGGAUUUGCUUUCUCUUCAAAUUUAUAUGGUUGACUCUCCAUGUAACUUUCCUUGUAAUUAUAACUGCGAGCCUUUUCUGUCUGCUUAGCAGUGCUUAGCAGGUCAAAUUGAAUUUUUGAUUUAAAUUCAAUUGAUUUUGUAACUUUCCUGAUUCAUUCUGCUUUGUAUUUGUUGAAUCACGUAGUUAUGUCCAGAUUGUGUAAUUCAUUUUUAGAUUAACAACUGAUGUGCCUCAUUACUCAAUUGUGUUAGCAGUCAGUUAUGUACAUGUUGUGGGUUGUUCUACUACCCACAUCAUUAAGAAACACUAAAUUGCAGUUCUGAAGUGAUUAUAGGGACAUUUACAUGGAUAUGUUGCUUCAGUAAAUUGACACUUAUACAUAUAAAUAUUUUUUAAAGAUGUUUUUGGAAGCAGAGUUGAGAAUACACCAUGGGGGGAUUUCAUUAAAGGUGCACAAUUGUCAUAUGUUAACGGUGAGGUGCAUACAAUUACUCUUGAUCCAGAUAGAAUAUCUUAAUUACUCUCACCUGUUAAAGUUUAUCAUGUUGUGGAAUCCUUAUCUUUUAAAUUACCUGGGGAGAAGAUGGAAAUGCUAAAGCCAUUAUGGAACGAUGCAUCUACUCUUGAGCUUAUAGGAAUGGCCAAAAAUUGGGGAAUAGUAGACGUUUAUGUAGACACAAUUGAUGAGGCACAAUUGAUUUCAGAAUAUGCUUUACCUUUUACUGGAGCUGUUGAGGAAGUCGUAGACACAGAACAGAGGGUUGAUGCAGACCAUGCUUGUGAAAAUGUUGAAGGAAAUGCUGCCGAAGAGGAAGAAGAUAUUUUACCAGCCGGCCAUGAUAAUAGUUCUGGUGAGGAGCAAGAUGAGGGGAAUAAUGGCAGUGAUGGUGACUUAAUAGAUAAAAAGACAACAUGGGUAAAGAAGCAGCAGCAGAGAGAUGACUUGCAUUUAGAUGUAGAGGGCGAGCAAAGCAGUGUGUAUUAUGAUUCAGAUGACCCGCCAAGCUAUUAUUCUAAACCUGAACAUGAGGAUGCCCAAGGUUGUGAGGUCCAAUCUAGAAGGAAAGCAAAAUUGUCCUUCAUAUAAUUCUGAAUCAGAAUACAAAUACCUAGAGUUAGAGAUGUUAUUUGAAGAUGGAAUUCAAUUCAAAACAACCCUGAUUAAUUGCGCAGUGCAUAAUAAGAGGGAUAUUAGGUGGGUUAAGAAUGAGCCUAUGAGACUUUAAGCAACAUGUGCAACUAACUGUCCCUUUAAGUGCACUGCAUCGUGGGAAAACCAAUAUAGAUGCUUGUAGUUGCAGACUUGGAUAGGGACCCAUAGAUGCAAUGAGAAGUUCAAGUUAAAGAUUGUUAGUCAAAAAUGGCUAGAAGAUAAGUUUGAAAAUAAAAUAAAGGAAAAUCCUAACAUUGGCCGAGUGGAACUAAAAAAGAAAUACGCAAUGGAUUUAAUAUUCAUGUGAAUAUUUCCAAGGUAAAGAGAUGCAUUGCAAAGGUGCUUAAAAAGAUUAAUGAGUCCUUUGGUGAUCAAUUUCGUAGGGUGAGGGACUACGCCGAAGAAUGCAUUAGGUCAAAUCCAGGGAGUACGGUCAUAGUAAAAACACAAAGGAUACAUGAAGAUGGGCCUGAAGUUUUUCAGAGGAUGUAUGUCUGCUUUGAGGCUUUAAAAGAGGAGUCUUAACAGGCUGUCGUCGAGUUGUUGGACUAGAUGGGUGUUUUCUUAAAGGGACAUUGAAGGGUGAAAUUUUAAGUGUGGUGGGUCGGGAUGGAAAUAAUGAAAUGUAUCUCAUCGCAUGGGCCGUUGUAGAGAUAGAGAACACAGAGACUUGGAGAUAGUUUUUAAAUCCGCCACAUGAGGAUCUUGAUAUUAACAACAGCUUUCAUUGGACUUUCAUGAUUGAUCAAUAGAAGGCAUAUACAUGCCAAUUGGAGCAAAAAGCACAAGGGAAAGGUUUUGAACAAGCAUUUUUGGAUUUGUGCUCAGUGUGCAACAGAAGCCCAGUUUGAUGAAGAAAUGAGAGCAUUGGAGAAGAUAGACAAAUAUGCCAAAGCAGAUUUAGAUUUGUAUGAAACAUGUCAAUGGGGCAAAGCGUUUUUUAGAGUAGACAACAAGUGUGAUAUAUUAGAUGAUAACUUUUCGGAGUGCUUUAAUAAUACAAUCGUCAAAGCUCGAUCUAAACCUAUCAUCCCUAAGCUUGAAGCUAUUAGAGUCGCUGCAAUGAAACGCCUAGCCAAAAAGUGAAGUUUUCAAGUACGUGGCCUGGAAAGCAUGGCCCUAGAAUUAUGAAGAAGCUGAAUUCUAAUAUUAUUUUGAGUAUGGGCUGGAAGGUUACCUUUAAUGGCGAUGAUGGCUAUGAGGUGAACAAAAGGAGACAUCAGUAUAAAGUUCGCUUGCAACAAAGAACCUGCUCUUGUAGAGCAUGUGAUUUGAAUGGAAUUCCGUGUGCUCACGCUGUGUGUACUAUAUUCCACAAAGGCGAAGACCCGGGAGAUAUGUGGAUGAUUGUUCCUCAAAGGAGGUGUACGAGAGGAUACAUUCCUAUCAUCUUGAACCAAUGAAUGGGGAAUUGUUAUGGAAGAAGAUGCAAAACAAUGGCAUUGCUCCGCCAAUUCCCAAAAAGUUAACGGGGAGACCGAAAAAAAAGAAAUCGUGAAGCGAAUGAGAAAUCAUCUGCUAAGGAUAGGACUAAAGUUUCACGCACAGGCCGAGUUAUGACAUGUUCUAUAUGCAAGAAGCCCGUCCAUAAUAAAGCAAAGUGUCCAAAUAAGUCCACGGAGACAGCGAGCACAUCAACUAGUGUAGCAGGCGAACCUUCAAAAAGAAAAAGUAAAGCAACAGUAAAAGAACGUAGUGCUAGACCUCAAAAGAAAAGAAGAGAGCAUAAGGGUUUUGGGAUUUAUAUAGAGCCUGAAACAGGAGAAACAUUGGUAGAUGUAAGCAUUUCUUUGAUCAAAUUAAGAAGUAUUAAUCAGCAUCAUUGACAUGUUUUUUUUUGUAGUCGGGACUCUCAAGUGAACACGUACUGUGACCUGGGAAGUAGAAGCAGUGAAGAUGUAUUCCUCAGUGGAUUAUAGAAGGCCAUAAUCGCUUUGAAGAUGUAGUUUUGUUUUUGUGAAGGGAUGAACCCCUGCUUUGUUCAAUGCCUAUUUUGAACUGUCAUUAAACUGACAAGUUUGACAUGUAUAAAAUCCCCUGUUUUGUGACAUGUAAACCAAUGUUAUAUUUUGACAUGUUUGAUAUUGUGGGAAGGUUUGAACAUGUUAUAUGUAGUGGGUUAUAAUCCCAUGUUUUGAAGGAUCUUUGGGCAGUUUAUAAAAGAAGUUUCUUGUUAUGUACCAUAUAUAAAGAAGUAUCCUUAUGGCAGUUUUU